UAAAGGACAAAGAAGUCUGUAUUAAAAAUCUAGAAACGAAACUCAACCUCACUAAGGUCAAUUCUGAAAAGCACAAUGAAAAUUAUAUACAAGAAGUUGCCUUGAAUAAAGCCAAGGCGAAUGAGGUUUAUGAAUUGAAAAGCCUGAUGAAGCAAAUCAAAAUUGACUUGAAGCACUUAGAAGAACAGUUAGAGGAAGAAAAGAAUAAAAAUAAAUCUUUAGAAUUAAGAUUAAAAGCUAAAGACGCCGAUCCCAAGAAAUCUCAAACUCAGGUUGCUAAAACAGAACCUUCACAACCACGAACAAAAGACAAAAAUAAGUUCUCUUCUAAUGAGGAAACAAUAUCGCAACUUUCAAAGAGUGUGAAAUCUAAAAAGGAAAAGAGAAACCUUUCUCCAGAAGAGGACGAUUUUUCAUUCGAGAAUCUUGAUCUGCCGCCAAAGCCGGCUAAAAAAUUUAAAUAUGGUCGUAGAAAGUGAAGGCCCAGCUGAAUAGAUCUUUGUUUAAAAUAUUUCUCUAGUUUCUUGAAAUCAUUCUUUAUUAAACUCUUCCAAUAAUUUUUCAUUGUAGAAGUAAUGCAUAAAUUUGACCGGUUUUGUCUGAUUUGAUCUAUCAACGUGCAAGACAGGCACAUCGAAACAGUACGCAUCAAAAGCUUCAGAGUUUUCUGGUUUCAUAAUGUCAACUAUUUUCAAGUUAAGAUCCUUAUCUUUCAUUGAAUCGUCUUUCAAAGUGUCUAGUAAGACACCUCUAGCAUUAGUACAUAACAUACAUGUUGCUUUGGUGAAGAAAGUUAGUUCAAGUUUUUGAGAUACGGGAGUGCCCGUCGAAAGCCUUCUAACCAAAAGAGGAGUUGAUUUGACUAAAGGCUUAAAAGACGCUAACAUGACAGUAAUGCUUGUUGGAUAGCUGUAGAAUAAACG